AUGCCAGCUACUGUGGCUGUUCGUCAAGCUUUGCGGCAGCCUGCCCAGUGCCGCAGUUUCUGGGAUUUCAGCAGAUCUUCUGAUCUUCGGUCCUUGGCACGCGAUAUGGAGCGGCAGGUUGAGAGACUGGAGAGGGAAAUCAUGGGCGGUUUUCCCUUCAAUAGGUUACGGCCUCGUUACAUACCGAUAUCCGGCACCAGCACUUCACCAAAAUCAUAUCGGUAUAACAUUGACGUUGAAGGUUUCAAACCAGAAGAAAUACAAGUGUCAUUGAAGGAUCGUUUAUUAACGCUCUCGGCGAAGAUGGACAGGACAUCCGAGGACGGAAGCAGAUUUUACCAAGAAAUUGUGCGCCAGGUAACAAUUCCCGAAAAUGUGAAAAUUGAAGAGCUGAAGUCUUACAUAAAUGACGGCGUUCUUUCAAUAGAGGCACCCCUUGAGUCUGCCAGCGGACCUAAAGAAAUACCAGUCAGUCGCGAAGAGCAGACAAAUUAA